UAAGCAAAAAGAAUAAGAAGCUUAUAAAAAGAAACCAAUAAUAAAGAUCGAACCUACCAGAGAUGACUGCAUCAAAGGAUGGUGCUAGUAGUUUCACCAACAUUUCUGUAGAGGAGCACUUUAGCGUCUCCCAAUCUAGUUCUGGUGGGCAGUUUGUAGGUCCCACAGAAGAAAUUCCAACGGCGGCUGAUGCACUUAUAGGGAGGUCGGCGACACUGACGGAGGCUCUCAAAGCAGCGGCCAUAAACGUUGGCCAUAAGCCAGUGGAAACGACUGACUUAGCUGCGAUAAAAGAGGUGGAAGCUAGAGCUACCGAUGGCGAUAUAGAAAGGGGAGAUAGUGUAACGGCCGUGGCAAGCGAGGCGGUUGCUCGUAACAAAAAAGCAGGUAAAGAAGAUGCCAAGAAGAUUCAUCUCCGAGACAUUAUUGCUGAGAUUGAUGUGAAGGUGGCGAGAGACAGAGCAGUGACAAGUGAAGACGCUGAAGCAGUGGUUGACGCUGAGCUCAAUCAUUCUCCAUAUUGA